GUGUAAAAAGAGAUUUACAUACACUUGUGUUUGUUCAUUCCACACAGGCUCCGACUCUCUUGCCUAGGUUUGCUUCUCUGUGAACUCAAGGAAGUGAUAACAAGUCUCCACCCCUCUGAAUGUCAAACUGUGCUGGCAAUAGAGUCCAGGGUCUGUUGUUGUGUCCUCCCCACUCCUGCGCUGCAGCUGGUCUCCUCUCUUAACUCCUCUCUCGCUUGUUUACUCUUAUCUUGGCAGCAAAAAUGGCCACAGCUGGUAAAGUCAUCAAGUGCAAGGCAGCAGUGGCCUGGGAGCCUAACAAGCCUUUGGUGAUUGAGGAGAUUGAGGUUGCUCCGCCCCAGGACGACGAGGUCCGCAUCAAGAUUGUGGCAACUGCGGUGUGUCACACAGACCUGUACCACCUUUUUGAGAGUAUGCCUGAAGAAGGCUUCCCAGCAGUCCUCGGCCACGAGGCAGCUGGGAUCAUAGAGAGCGUCGGGGCAGGAGUCACUGAAUAUCAGCCAGGAGACAAGGUUAUCCCUCUAUUCAUCGGCCAGUGUAGAGAAUGUCGCUUCUGUAAGAGUUCAAAGACCAACCAGUGUGACAAAGGAUGGUUGCCUCCCCCAGACAGGUUUACCUGUAAGGGGAAGAAGUUGCUGCAGUUUGUGGGGACCAGUACCUUCUCUGAGUACACUGUGGUUAACCAGAUGGCUGUGGCUAAGAUUGACCCCACUGCUCCACUAGAUAAAGUCUGUCUCAUCGGCUGUGGGAUCUGCACAGGAUAUGGAGCAGCGGUUAAUACUGCUAAGGUGGAACCGGGCUCAACAUGUGCUGUGUUCGGCCUGGGAGCUGUGGGUUUGGCUGCAGUCAUGGGCUGCAAGGCUGCAGGAGCUAAGAGGAUCAUCGCUGUUGACAUCAAUCCAGAGAAGUAUGAGAAGGCCAAGGUGUUUGGUGCAACUGACUUUGUGAACCCCAAGGAUCAUAGUAAACCCAUCAGUGAAGUGCUGUCUGAGAUGACUGAUGGAGGAGUGGACUACUCUCUGGAAUGUGUUGGGAAUGUGGAAGUCAUGCGCAGUGCCUUGGAGUCUUGUGUGAAAGGUUGGGGUGUCAGCGUCAUUGUUGGCUGGACAGAAUUAGAAGACUUUUCUGCCCAACCCGUUCAGCUCAUUGCUGGACGCACAUGGAAGGGCUCUGUGUUUGGAGGCUUUAAGGGUCGGGUUGCCGUGCCUCAGAUGGUUAAAGACUACCUGGACAAGAAGGUGAUGGUAGAUGAGUUCAUCACUCACAACAUGACUUUGGACCAGAUCAAUGAUGCCAUUGAACUGAUGAAACAUGGCAAAUGCAUCCGGACAGUCCUGACGGUUUCUCCGCAAUAAGACCACUGUGUUGUUUUCAGUGAUCCCAAAGUAAUCAAAUAAUUUACCACUUAGUCCAUGAUCUCAGGCCAGAACUUUCACCAAAAGGUACCACCCAAGGUAGCAAACUCUAGUUCUUCAAAUUUGGCACAAAGGUCUACUUGAAUUUUACAAUGAACUGAUUAGAGUUGGGUGGUCAAAUAUCAAGGUCACUUCUACCUUGUCUGUCUUAUUAUUGUGAACUCAACAUCUCAAGAAUGCCAUAAAGGAAUUUCCCUUAAAUUUGGCAAAAACAUCCACUUGGACUCCAGGAUGCACUCAUUAGAUUUCGAUGUUUGAAGGUCAAAGGUCAAAGUCACUGUGACCACACAAGACAUGGUUUUAGUUAUAAACUAGAAUUAUGUAUGGCUUCUGUAGAUCUUGAUGGCUCAAACAAUACUAAGAGUCAUAGCCUCUCAUGUCCCUGAGUUGCCUCAGAUACUGACUUCUGUUUUCUGAAGUGAGAUCGUAUCUGGUGACUGCUCCAGUUGUCAGGCUAAAACCCUUUGUUCCUGCAUCAGUCUGGGUGUCCCUGCUUACAGUCUCCUCAAUUGUUUGGUCUAGUUUCUAAUGAGAUUGUUUGUGCUCAGCUGGACAGAAAAAACACCCUCAACAAAGUGUACAUGAGCACCAGGCUGAUCAACCUCCAGGCAGGACAUUUGAGCAUGGUAGUAUGUGAGAUCUCUGGUAUAGUUAAGUUUUUCAUAAGCAAAACCCCACAGACUGAUGUCUCUCCUUACUGCAAGACGCUUUUAUAAGGAAAAGAAGUAUCAUUGUGUUUUUGUUGCCUUAUAAUGAGCCCUUUGAAAGGAGCAGGUCCUCUUCCAUGGAGCCCACCAUGUUGCACCACCUCUAGCCCAGAGCGGAUCAGCUCAAAGCCUGUUUAUAUUCUUUGUAUGAAUAUAAAUGUUAUAGUCUAUGUAUGUGUACUUUUGUUUGAUUCAAACUAAAUUGCUGCACAUAUUGUACAUAAGCUCUUACUAUAGACUGUGAGCAAACCGCUUGUGCAGAUACUGCAGGGCAAUAAUUGCAAAAACCAUUAUUGUCCCCCAAAAAUUAGUAAAGCCACUAAUUUGAAAUGGCUGUCAAGUUUCAAAGUUGUAUAUGGACCCAACAAAUAAACUAGUUGCAAAGAGAUUUUACCACCUCAGAUGGUGCCAAAAAUUUGACCUGGCCCAUGACCUAACAGUAGUAUACAAAUACUCAAAUUAUGCCCACUAUGAAUACCUGACCUUAAACACUCAACACAAAAUCAAGUCAAAUCCAAUCAAGUUGAUUUAUAUAGCACAUUUAAAAACAACAGCAAUUGACCAAAGUGCUGUACAAAAUAAAAGAAGUACGCGCAAAUAAAUAGCAAUAUAAAAUGUACACAAAGAUAAAACAGAAUAAAACUGGUGAGAACAAUUACGUACGUAAAAAAAAUUCUAAAAUACUAAGAUAUUAAAACCACUACAAACAACCAAAAGCCAAAAGAGGCUAUACUAAAGCUUUGCAGCAGCUACCGCAAAGGCACGAUCUCCCUUACCCACCAGCCUCAAUCAUGGGACAGUAAAAGACAUUGUUUGGGGGAUCUAAGAAUUCUGGAGUUGGAGUAGGGGCAGAGAAGUUCAGCUAUAUACUGGGGUGCCAGCCCAUGUAUGGCUUUAAAAACAAAUAAAAGAACCUUAAAAUCAAUCCUGUAUUUGAUAGGUAGCCAGUGUAGCGGAUUAUGUGUAGAUUGUGAGAAUCAUCUGCAGUGUUUAGUAAGGAAAAGCUAAACAUGUCAGGUAUAUAUAUGUCACAAUAAAUGGUCUUAACAAA